GGAGGCUUGUUGCAAAACAGCUCUCUGGAAGUGAUGACACCAACAGAAAAACCUUCCAAUAACUUCCUAUGAGACUAACAGCAGUAGGAAGAAGCUGCACAGCACAAGUUACCCAGUGGGGGGGUUGCACUGCGCAACACAUACAACAGGAGGGUGCAGAAUGCUGGCUAUAUACACAUGAAGCUGUACCGUACAGAAGAGACACACAAGAGGCUGAUCUGCACAGAAGAUACAUAUAGGAAGUGGCUCAACUUUUAAGAACCUACAUGCGGGGGAAGCUAGACUGAUCAGGGCUUGAAGUGCACAAAGGUUACACAUCGGAGCUGGCUGCACCGAGGACUGACUUGCGGGACAGGCUGAUCGGAGCUUGAAAUCUACACAUGGAAGGAUCACAAAAUACAACAGAAGGUUAGAGGAAAGGUAGCAGUAGUAACACUGUGGGAGGCAGAGUUCCAGGAAGAAGAGAAGUGGUUAUUAUACCUAGGAGGAGGGUGCCAGCGAUACACGCAACAAAAAGUUACAGAAAAGGAGAGGCAGCACGGAGGAAGGGUGUACGCUGCCAAUAAAAGAGACUUCGCAAGACUUGUCCUGGAAAUAUAAGUGACCAAGAAGCCCACUGACAGGGGGAUCGCCCCUUUAUUUCCUCAAUGUCCGCAAGGGGUGGUCUUCCCCUCCCUCUUGGAAACCAGAUGCACAUGAUGAGAGUACCAAACCCGGGGUUAUACCGACCCCCACCGGGCCCUUAUCAGAGACCCGGAAUGCUUCCCGGAGGACGAAUGCCAGUUCCGGGCAUGCCGGUCGGUUCGCCUAUGAUGCCAGGAUAUGGUGCAGGUUCUCCCAUGAGGCCUGCAAUGAACCCGAUGUUGAUGGAACCAUUUAGAAAGAGAGUUAUGGCCCCACAAGGACAUCCUUAUCUGGGCUCCCAAAGGAGGGGAAUGAAGAGGAGGAAAAUGGCUGACAAGGUUCUGCCCCAGAGGAUCCGAGAAUUGGUCCCCGAGUCACAGGCAUACAUGGACCUCUUAGCUUUUGAAAGAAAAUUAGAUCAGACGAUUGCCAGGAAAAGGAUGGAGAUCCAGGAUGCCAUCAAAAAACCCCUGACUCAAAAGCGCAAGCUGAGGAUAUAUAUUUCUAACACCUACACUCCAGGGAAACCUGAUGGAGAGGAAGCGGAGAGAAUCAGUUCCUGGGAGCUGCGGGUUGAAGGGAAACUGCUGGAUGAUCCCAGUAAGCAGAAGAGGAAGUUCUCGUCAUUUUUUAAAAGCCUUGUUAUCGAGCUGGAUAAAGAUCUGUAUGGGCCAGACAACCACCUUGUGGAGUGGCACAGAAUGGCAAGCACUCAGGAGACAGAUGGAUUCCAGGUGAAGAGACCAGGGGAUAUGAAUGUGAAGUGCACCUUACUUCUCAUGCUGGACCACCAGCCUCCCCAGUAUAAAUUGGACACUCGCCUGGCUCGGCUCUUGGGUGUUCACACUCAGACCCGUGCCAACAUCAUGCAAGCUCUGUGGCUUUACAUCAAGAAUAACAAGCUUCAGGACAGCCAUGAGAAGGAGUACAUCAACUGUAACCGAUACUUCAGGCAGAUCUUUAACUGCAUCCGGAUGAGGUUCUCUGAAAUCCCCAUGAAACUGGCAAGUCUCUUGCAGCACCCGGAUCCUAUAAUAAUUAACCAUAACAUCAGUGUGGAUCCCAACGAUCAGAAGAAGACGGCAUGUUAUGACAUUGAUGUUGAGGUGGAUGACCCUUUAAAGGGCCAAAUGAGCAACUUUCUUGCAUCAACUACCAACCAACAGGAGAUCGCCAACCUGGAUGUUAAGAUUCACGAGACAAUCGAAUCCAUCAACCAGCUGAAGACACAAAGGGAUUUCAUGCUAAGCUUUAGCAACGACCCUCAGGAGUUUAUCCAAGACUGGCUGAAAUCUCAAAGCAGGGAUCUCAAGAUCAUGACUGAUAUGAUGGGCAAUCCAGAGGAAGAGAGGCAUUCAGAGUUCUACGAGCAGCCGUGGACUCAGGAGGCUGUGGGGAGAUACGUUUUCUUCAAGGUCCAGCAGCGGAGGCAGGAGCUUGAGCAGGUCCUGGGAAUACGUCUGACAUGAGAACAUUCUGGAGCAGCUUGUACUUAAAAUUCUUGUGCCUUUAUUAUACAUGUUCUAUACAUUCUGUCACCUUAGAAAAGCUGUGUGUCAGUCCUCGGGUACGAUAAGUUAGCUGCCUUUUCAUUUACAAAACCUAUGCAAAAUUCUGUCUCCAGAAACAUAAGGAAGAGAUGUAUCUGCUCUAUAAACCUGAACACCCAAUUAGGCUCAGGGGUUUCUACAGGAAUUGUCUAAUUGGGUGCUGUAGGUAUUAAUACAGUUAACCCCCCAAACUAGUUUCAUGGAUAAGUUCUCGGUGCUCAGCUUAAUUCUUGUUAUUGAUUGUAAGCCAACGCAUGACACACUUUUACACAGAGGCCCAGAAUGAAGUGCAAGGCACACCUGGGCAGUUUUUGGCUCUCCAUGACAAUGGGGACCCAUAGGCAAAACAA